AUGACCAUCUGGCGCACGGUCACUAUCGCCGAAGUGGCACGUAUUGUGCACUUCCUGAAGAAACAUGCUGUCGGAAAGACGAUACAGGCGGUAAAAACGCAAGAAGACAAUAUUGUCUAUGGGAAAGUGGGAACCUCUGCAUCAGCCUUCCAAGAAGCAAUGUCCGGCAAGAAGAUAGUAGACGCGCGACAGCAGGGCAAAUAUUUCUGGCUCGUCAUGGACAAGCCGCCACACCCUGUGAUGCAUUUUGGCAUGUCUGGCUGGAUGAAGUUCAGCAACGACGAAACAGCCUACUACCGACCGACCAAGCCAGAGGAAGCAGAGUGGCCACCCAAGUACUGGAAGUUCAUUCUGCAGCUGAAAGAAGAACCAAAAAAUGAAGUCGCAUUCGUAGAUGCAAGACGACUGGCUCGGAUUAGGCUGGUGGAUGCUGCUGCGGAAGAUAUGAGGAAGACGACCCCCUUGAAGGAAAAUGGACCAGACCCCGUGAUUGACAAGGACAUUCUGACCGUUGAAUGGCUGAGCAAGAAGCUGAGGAGUAAGAAGGUGCCCGUCAAGGCACUGCUGCUGGAUCAAGCCAACAUAUCGGGCAUAGGCAACUGGGUUGGCGACGAGGUCAUGUAUCAGGCCAAACUGCAUCCCGAGCAAUACAGCAACACUUUCACCGACGAGCAAGUCAAGCGACUACAUGAUGCCAUCAUGUAUGUUUGCGACACAGCUGUAGAAGCCAAUGGAGACUCGGACAGCUUCCCCGAGAAUUGGCUCAUGAAGCAUCGCUGGGGCAAAGGAAAGAAAGAGGGCAGCAAGCUUCCGACUGGCGAGAAGAUUACAUUUCUCAAGGUUGGUGGUCGGACUUCGGCUAUCGUUCCGAGCAUCCAGAAGAAGACAGCAGCUGUUGCUGGCGAUGUUUCCGAUGAUGCAGAGGGAGGGGACAACGAAGAGGACACGAAGCCUAAGAAGGGUAACAAGAGGAAGGCUGAGGAUAUCAAGAAGGAAAAUGACGAAGCUGAGGAAGAGGCACCCGCUAAGGCCAAGGGAGGGCGCAAGAAUGCUAAGAAAGCUGCCGUCAAAGAGGAAGAAGCCGCUGCUGAAGAAAAGCUACCAGCAAAACCGAAGCGUGCUAGUAAGAAGGUCAAGGAAGAAGUCAAGGAAGAAGUCAAAGCGGAAGCCGAAGAGGAGACGACUGAUGAAGUUGAAGAAAAGCAGCCGGAUAAGAAGCGCAAGACCACGGCUAAUGGCACGACAAAGCAGAAGAAGACUGCUGCCAAAGCGGAGAAAAAGAGCGAGGAUACAGGGGGAAAGCGGCGGUCAGGGCGCUUGUCCAAGUAA